AUGAAUAAUACUAAUCCAAUAGAGUUACAAAAACCAAAGAAAAAAGAUGCAGAGAACAUUGCCUUUUUUGGUAAAGAAUGCGAUGUUUCAAAAAAGGAAGUUGUUGAGCGUUUUUUCUAUAGGCCAUCGCACUUAAAAAGAACUGUUCCAAGUGAAAUGCCGGAUAUAAUCGAUUAUAUAUUAUCAAAAGAGGUUAGAGAGCUUCUAUUGGCAGAAAUUAACUUGAAUGCACGUUGCCAGUUAGAGGAAAUAAGAAAAAACAUAUUGGAUGGAAGCAAUACGAAUAGGCCGAAACCUAGUAAACCCAAACGUGGUGGAAAGAAAAAGAAAGCAACUAAAUCGAAACAACAAACAUCUCAACAACCAAAACAUCACACAAGUUCCUUCAAAAAACACUUAGAUAACAACAAUAACAAUAAUUUAAAUCGUUCAUCAAAUAACAAUAAUACAAAUACAACAACAACUACUACAACUACUACAAUAACUACCACAACAACUACUACAAAUAAUACAAAUCCAGUAAGGUUAACUUCAACAAGAAACACACACCGCUCAAAAGCUGGUAAGCUAGUACCAGUAAAAAACUCUUAUCUCUACAAAGAUGUGACUGAGGAAGAGCUUAUGCUUUUUCUUGCUAUUACGGUACACAAAGCCAGGUGGGACAUGUCCAAUGACUGCUAUUUUAGCCACAUUACAACUGGCGAUCAAGUUUACAUGGUCAGAAACAGAUACGAAAAGAUUUCAUCUUUCUUUAUGUUUUCUGAAGCAGUCAUACUCAAACUGUGUAGCGCUCUGAGCACUGUGUAUGAAGGAUGCCUGGAAAACUCCACAUUCAUUAGUAUCGAUGAAACCAUGUUGGCCAGAAGAAUGAAUUGUACUUCAAGAAACGAAAAUGCUCAAAAGGUCGAACCUGCCUUCUACACUGUCAUUCCUCCGAAGCCACAUCCAACAGGAAUCUUGGUGUAUCAUUUGGCCACCAAAAUUGAUACGGUUGACGAUAAAUUUGAUAAUGUGCAUUGCGUCCCAUUUAUCAUUCGUACACUUCCCAAGCAUAUUGGUUGUGAGCAACCAUUUGAAGUUGCCAAGAAGCUCCUGAAAGAUCACGUAAACGCCAACCCUUCUCGCGACCCCCAAAAACAUCUCAUUGCCGAUUCUGCUUUUUGCCACCAAGAGAUCAUUGAGUAUGCCGAAAGUCAGAAGAUAGCACUAACUCUAUCUGCCAGCCAAUAUCUUUUAAAGCUUCAUUAUAUACUGGAAUGGGUUAUUUUGAAAGACAACACGUUCAUCGGUGUUCAUACUCAAGGUGGUACCUUUUAUAGGUAUAGACAGGUGACCGUGACCAAUGGUAAAAGAAAAGAGAGAUGCUUUAAGAAUGCAACGUCAGCAGCCUAUACAGAGGAAAUCACCAGACUCAUUAAAUGCAUUCAAAUGUUGCCUGCUCCUAAAGUUAGAACAUUAUAUGACAGUUUAAACCAGAGAAAGGCUGCUAAAAAUGCAAAAACAACAGACCUUAGAGAUAAGUUGAUUCAAAGACUGCUUUGCGGAGCUCAACAGAAAGAGUACUUGCUCUAUGAACUUAAUAAUCACGUCUAUCGUUCACAGGAGUUUCCACCAUCACUGCUAUAUAGGAAGUGCUUCAACUCCGUCGAUAGACAUGAUUAUUUCUUGUAUGCUCUCGGUCUUCCAAAGCAUUUACCAAACUACCAACAACUCAGGGCUAUUGGUAUCCUACAUUCAGCCUACAUCAAUAUAUUCGCAAUACACAUGGUAAAAUCAAACAGAGACGAGUUUGAGUUCAUAUUAAAUGGUUUAUUAACAGCCAGAUCCAAUCCGGUGUUUUUUAUUGGUUUAGUUUUAUAA